CACAGAUCGUCCAUAUCGGGAAAGUCGCGUGCCUGCUGACAUCCCUGACGGGACAAAUAUUUGCUACUCUUCUUCCCUCAUGCGGCCGACGCUUAGCCUCUUCAAGGGGAGAUCUGCUUGGAAAGGUCCGUAUUUUGUGGCCUUUUCCAACCUCAAAGAAGCUUCCCAACGCAAUGUCGCGAUAAAGACUCAAGCUCGUGCAUGCACGAUUCUACCCAAUUUUGUUGGGAUCCGAUUUCUUGUUCAUAACGGCAAGCAGUACCUUCCCGUGCUAGUGACACAAGACAUGGUGGGUCACAAGCUUGGCGAGUUCUCGCACACGAGGAAGAACAAUCCGACAAAGUGAGUUACUUUGAUGUUCACAUUAACACUGACCUUACGUUUGACAGACAAAAAAUGACGAAGGAUUCCAAGAGACGGUGAUAGGUCGACCACUCUACCAUGUCUUUAUACGCUGCAAUUCAUUUUUCGCCAA